AAGGCCCUCUGUCGUUUAAGCGCCGUUUGGAAGUAACGAGCGACCAGGCCAAUGAAUUAUAUAUGUUUCUCAUCUGAUUGAAAUCUACAACAUCCUGGUUGCUUUUUCGGUGCUGUUUAGCUCUUUUGUCCUGAGCCUGAAGGUCCAGCGACAGCAACCAUGUUUCUGUACAAUCUGACCCUGCAGCGGGCGACUGGAAUCACCCAUGCCAUCCAUGGCAACUUCUCAGGAACCAAGCAGCAGGAGAUUGUUGUUUCUCGUGGGAAGAUUCUGGAGCUGCUGCGUCCUGAUGCCAACACAGGCAAAGUCCACACACUACUUACUAUGGAGGUAUUUGGUGUUAUCCGAUCCCUCAUGGCCUUCAGGCUGACAGGUGGAACUAAAGACUAUGUUGUGGUUGGCAGUGAUUCUGGUCGUAUUGUAAUCUUGGAGUACCAUUCCUCCAAGAACAUGUUUGAGAAGAUACACCAGGAGACAUUUGGCAAGAGUGGCUGCAGACGCAUCGUGCCAGGGCAGUUCCUUGCUGUGGACCCUAAGGGCAGAGCUUUUAUGAUAGGUGCCAUAGAGAAGCAAAAGUUAGUAUAUAUCCUGAACAGAGAUGCAGCUGCCCGUCUUACCAUCUCCUCCCCCCUGGAGGCACACAAAGCCAAUACGCUCGUCUACCACGUGGUUGGGGUGGAUGUUGGCUUUGAGAACCCCAUGUUUGCCUGCUUAGAAAUGGAUUAUGAGGAGGCCGAUAAUGAUCCCACUGGAGAGGCUGCAGCAAACACGCAACAGACGCUGACCUUCUAUGAGCUGGAUUUGGGACUUAACCAUGUGGUGCGCAAGUACAGCGAGGCACUGGAGGAACACGGCAACUUCCUCAUCACAGUGCCUGGUGGUUCUGAUGGACCCAGUGGUGUGCUGAUUUGCUCUGAGAACUACAUCACCUACAAAAACUUUGGAGACCAGCCUGACAUCCGUUGUCCAAUCCCUCGCAGGAGGAAUGACCUGGAUGAUCCUGAGCGAGGCAUGAUCUUUGUCUGCUCGGCCACCCACAAGACCAAGUCUAUGUUUUUCUUUCUGGCUCAGACAGAGCAGGGAGACAUCUUUAAGGUUACCCUGGAAACGGAUGAAGAAAUGGUGACAGAGAUCAGGAUGAAGUAUUUUGAUACCAUCCCUGUGGCUACAGCCAUGUGUGUUUUGAAGACUGGCUUCUUAUUUGUUUCUUCAGAGUUUGGAAACCACUACCUGUAUCAGAUUGCCCAUUUGGGAGAUGACGAUGAGGAACCAGAGUUUUCCUCCGCCAUGCCUCUGGAGGAGGGCGACACAUUCUUUUUCCAGCCUCGCCCUCUCAAGAACCUGGUGCUGGUGGAUGAGCAAGAAAAUCUUUCUCCCAUCAUGUCUUGCCAGAUUGCCGAUUUGGCUAGUGAAGACACUCCGCAACUAUAUGUGUCAUGUGGCAGGGGACCCCGAUCUACACUGAGAGUUCUAAGACAUGGACUGGAGGUGUCAGAAAUGGCCGUUUCUGAACUGCCCGGUAACCCUAAUGCUGUGUGGACUGUCAGGAAACAUGUGGAAGAUGAGUUUGACGCUUACAUCAUCGUGUCCUUCGUUAAUGCCACCUUGGUUCUUUCCAUCGGAGAGACUGUGGAAGAAGUGACAGACUCUGGUUUCCUUGGCACAACACCCACACUGUCUUGCUCGUUGCUGGGAGAAGACGCACUUGUGCAAGUGUACCCUGAUGGGAUCCGUCACAUCCGUGCGGAUAAGAGAGUGAAUGAAUGGAAGACUCCAGGAAAGAAGACCAUCGUCCGAUGUGCUGUGAAUCAGAGGCAGGUGGUCAUCGCUUUGACUGGAGGAGAGCUUGUGUAUUUUGAGAUGGAUCCGUCUGGACAGCUGAAUGAAUACACAGAAAGGAAGGAGAUGUCUGCAGAUGUGGUGUGCAUGAGCCUGGCAAACGUGCCCCCUGGUGAACAGCGCUCCCGUUUCCUGGCUGUCGGGUUGGUAGACAAUACCGUCCGCAUUAUCUCCCUGGAUCCAUCGGACUGUCUUCAGCCUUUGAGCAUGCAGGCUCUUCCGGCCCAGCCGGAGUCUCUUUGUAUCGUGGAAAUGGGCGGAGUGGAAAAACAGGAUGAACUGGGUGAAAAAGGCACUAUCGGCUUCCUCUAUCUCAACAUUGGUCUGCAGAACGGAGUGUUGCUGCGUACAGUUUUGGACCCAGUGACCGGAGAUCUGUCUGAUACUCGUACCCGUUAUCUCGGCUCUCGUCCUGUCAAGCUUUUUAGAGUCCGGAUGCAGGCCCAAGAAGCUGUUCUGGCCAUGUCCAGUCGCUCAUGGCUGAGUUAUUCAUAUCAGUCUCGUUUCCACCUGACCCCACUGUCAUAUGAAACCUUGGAAUACGCCUCAGGCUUUGCGUCUGAGCAGUGUCCAGAGGGCAUCGUUGCCAUCUCCACCAACACACUGAGGAUUUUGGCUCUAGAGAAACUGGGCGCUGUCUUUAACCAGGUGGCGUUCCCAAUGCAGUAUACACCUCGCAAGUUUGUCAUCCACCCGGAGACCAACAACCUGAUCUUGAUCGAAACAGACCAUAAUGCGUACACUGAGGCCACCAAAGCCCAACGCAAGCAGCAGAUGGCCGAGGAAAUGGUGGAGGCUGCAGGAGAGGAUGAAAGGGAGCUAGCUGCUGAAAUGGCAGCCGCAUUCUUGAACGAAAACCUUCCAGAAGCUAUCUUUGGGGCACCUAAAGCGGGUUCUGGGCAGUGGGCCUCACUGGUCCGUCUUAUCAACCCUAUUCAGGGCAACACACUGGACCUGGUGCAACUGGAGCAGAAUGAAGCGGCCUUCAGUGUCACUGUCUGUCGCUUUUCCAAUGGAGGAGACGAGUGGUAUGUGUUGGUGGGUGUAGCCAGAGAUAUGAUAUUAAAUCCGCGUUCUGUUGGCGGAGGAUAUAUUUACACUUACCGACUGGGAGGGGGUGGGGACAAGCUGGAGUUUUUGCACAAGACGCCUGUUGAGGACGUUCCCCUGGCUAUAGCUCCCUUUCAGGGGCGAGUGUUGGUGGGAGUGGGCAAGCUCCUGCGCAUCUACGACCUGGGAAAGAAGAAACUUCUCCGGAAGUGUGAAAACAAGCAUGUUCCUAACAUAGUGACUGGUAUCCACACCGUUGGGCAGCGUGUGAUUGUGUCUGAUGUUCAGGAGAGUCUAUUCUGGGUUCGAUACAGACGCAACGAGAACCAGCUGAUUAUCUUCGCCGACGAAACAUAUCCUCGCUGGGUCACGACCGCCUGCCUGCUCGAUUAUGACACCAUGGCUGCUGCCGAUAAGUUCGGAAAUAUCUGCGUUGUCCGGCUGCCCCCCAACACCAGCGACGAUGUUGAUGAGGACCCCACAGGCAACAAAGCAUUAUGGGACAGAGGCCUGCUCAACGGAGCAUCACAGAAGGCUGAGGUGAUUAUUAACUAUCACAUAGGAGAGACUGUGCUGUCCCUUCAGAAGACCACCCUCAUCCCUGGAGGAUCAGAGUCUUUGGUGUACACCACACUAUCAGGCAGCAUCGGCAUACUUGUGCCCUUCACUUCUCAUGAGGAUCAUGACUUCUUCCAGCACUUGGAGAUGCACAUGCGCUCUGAGUUUCCUCCUCUUUGUGGCCGAGAUCACCUCAGCUUCCGUUCCUACUAUUUCCCUGUGAAGAAUGUGAUCGAUGGAGAUCUGUGUGAGCAGUUUAACUCCAUGGACCCCCAUAAGCAGAAGAGCGUGGCCGAGGAGUUGGACCGCACUCCUCCAGAGGUGUCUAAAAAACUGGAAGACAUCCGAACACGCUAUGCCUUCUAAGCUGACCAUGAGAAAACCUUUUAUUUUCCCAGGCUUCUAUUGCUGUGGCCUAAAAACUUUUGGGUUUACAACAUUUUGGUUUAAGCAGAAGGAUGUUUUCUCUUUAACUGUGACCAGCUGGGAGCUUUCAGUUUUUGUGGUCAAUGUGUCACAAACACAGACUGCUAUUGGUACUGUACUCUGUACACAGAUGUUCAUCCAUUUUCAUCCAAGUCCAAUAUUGUUCAUGCAGAAGGUGAUCUAUUGAGCAAGCAAACCUUUAAAUAUCUGUUGCCGAAUUUGCAGCUUCCACAAUGCAAAUGACAUCCAACUAAGUCCACUAUAAGUGUUGUAUGAAUCAUGGUCUGCAUAUAACUUUCCGUCAUUCACAUCUCAAUAACAUUAAUGCUGUAAAAACAGUGAAUUUGUGAAAAUAGCUUUGGUUUUUGUCUUUGCUUGGAAAUAUCAAAUCAGUUUGUUUUUAACUUUUUGUAUUUUGGGGAAACAUGACCAAAUCCCCUGUCCUCCAAAAAAAUGCUGUAAGAAAUAGUUCUAUUCGUGUCAUGAAGUGUGAGUUUUGUAAAUAAACCUUUUUUUUACUUUGA